UUUGCCCUUGGCUCGAUGCUCUUAGCGGCGACGCGGCUUAUGUCUCGGAGAGCUCUAGCUGCGAGCAGAGCGGGUGCCAUUGCGAGGCACAUGUCUUCUGAAGCCCCCGAACCCGUAGUCCGUUUCGAGACAACUCUGGGGGUGAGAAACUACAUCCUGAAUCGCCCGAACAAGCUCAAUGCACUCAACGACGAAAUGCUCGACAUUCUCCGUCCGAAAAUCGAGGAAUGGGAUGACGCAGACCUCUGCACCGUCAUCGUUGGCUCUGGAACCGGUCGGGCUUUCUGCGCAGGUGGAGACGUUGAAAGUGUUGUUCGGUCGGCGGGCGAUGUCACAACGAGGCACAAGGCUGUCGAUUUUUUUAAACGCGAGUUUGAACUCGACUUGCUGCUGGCAUCGUUGCGAAAACCGUAUGUCGCACUAUUAGAUGGCAUUACAAUGGGCGGUGGCGUGGGUCUCGUUGCUAAUGCGCCCUUCCGAAUAGCAACUGAAAAGACAGUUUUCUCGAUGCCGGAGACCAAUAUUGGGUAUUGUCCCGAUGUGGGUGCGAGUUAUUUUCUGUCUCGGCUCGAUGGCGAGCUCGGGACAUAUCUAGCCCUGACUUCAGAUAAGCUAGUCGGCCGUGCUGUGUUUGAGCACGGCUUUGCGACUCAUUAUAUUCCUUCCAGAAGGAUACCAUUACUCAUGGACCGUCUUUCUACCAUGGAGCACCCGGACCACGUUGCCAUUGAUCGUACCUUGGAGGAAUUGUCCCAUGAACGGGAGCAAGAGGACCCACCACCUCCAUUUGUUGACGCAACACGAGCCGCGAUGGAUAUAGCGUUUGGGCAUGAUCGCGUCGAGGCAAUCUUCUCCGACUUGGAGUUGCUUACAGAAGACCAAGACCCGAGCAUUAGCCAAUGGGCAGUGAAGACGCUGGAAACCCUGAAACUCCGGAGUCCAACCAGCCUAAAGGUUGCGUUGAAGGCGAUCCGGUUGGGGAAAACACAAUCGCUCACGGAGGCGCUAAACAUGGAGUUGAAGAUCGCUACUGCAUUCUGCAACGGAGCGAGCCCCGAUUUCACCACCGGCGUGACUGCGGUGUUGAUGACCAAAUCCAAAGACCGGCCAGACUGGAAACCCUCGACUGUGGAAGAAGUGUCUGACCAGAUUGUUGAGCGGUUCUUCUCGCCACAUUCUCCCUACAUUGAAAACACACCUACAAUUGGCUCGGCCGAAUCAUUUGGAGAGGUUCCUCGAGGGGCAAGCGAGCGAAUGCAGAUGCGCUUUGCACUGCCCACAGAGGACGAAAUCCGGGAUGUUAUCACUGGAGCAGACCCUGAUAGCGGUGACAUGGGUUAUACGGUCGACGAUUUGCUCGAGUACUUUCAUGACACACGAGCGGGCAAAGCAGGUAUGACUGAGAAAAUAUUGGAGGUUGUCCGUCGCAAGACUAUCUUUGUUGACAACCAGGAUGGUAACUUCGUUUGGCUGCGAUGGGACCCGUAG